ACAUACAUAUACCUCUACUUAUAAAUGUCAGGAAACGGAUAUUCGUCUAUUCCUGAAAGUGGGGAAGGGUCAACCCAUCACGAUCCGUUGAUAAUUAAAGACCUUAGUCGCGCAAAAAAAUUCGAGUUAUAUGUUCGUCGACACUUUUAUCAUAUUCUUGCACUUGCAACAAUUGCCAUCAUUUUAAUUACCUUAGCAGUGUAUUCAGUCCUUCCUGAUUCAUCCAUAUUCCCCAGUGAAGAAUAUCCCCAUACCAUUAAAUCAGGCGUAUCUGAAUUCACUAUGGAUGAGGGUCGUGCCAAGUGCGAUGCUAUUAAAACAAGACCAAGAAACAAAAACCUACCCAACAAAAAGCGCGCUAAUCCUAGAGCUGAACCUAAACAAAUUCCCAUCUUGAUCAAAAAUGCAAUUGUUUGGGAUGGUCAAGGUGAGGUGUUAAAUAAUGUUGAUAUCUAUAUCAAGAACGGUGUCAUUAGUAAAGUGGAAAAAGAUAUUCAAUUAAACGAUUCUGAAAACGUAAAAGUUAUUGAUGCUGCCGGUCAUGUUGUUGGUCCUGGUCUCGUUGAUAUGCAUAGUCAUAUGGGUGUUGAUUCAUGGCCUGAAUUUGAUGGUACUCAAGACACAAACGAAAUGACACAACCUCUUACUCCCUUUGUCCGUACAAUUGAUGCUUUUAAUCCUUCGGAUAAUGCUAUUCGUAUCGUUGCAUCAGGUGGUGUCACAACAGUUUUGGUUCUCCCUGGAUCAGGUAAUAUUGUUGGCGGUGAGGCAUUUUCGUUCAAGUUAAGACCCGUGGAAACUCUCAGUAACGAGGAUAUGCUUGUUCAAGCUCAUAUUGAUGAGGAGGAAACUAAAUGGAGAUGGAUGAAAAUGGCUUGUGGUGAAAAUCCUAAGAGAGUUUAUGGAAAUCAACGAAAGAUGCCUUCUACUCGCUUAGGUGAAGCUUAUUUAUUACGUUCGGAAUUAUCUAAAGCACAAGAAUUAAAGCGUGAGCAAGAUGAUUGGUGUGAAGCUUCUCAACAUAGUCAUUCCCGCUUUGACUCUGCCUUCCCUCAAGACUUAAGCCUCGAGUCGUUAGUAUCUUUAUUACGUGGUGAGGUUUUGCUCAACAUUCAUUGCUACGAAACACAUGAUAUUGAGGCCAUGGUUCGUCAUUCCUUAGAAUUCAACUUCACAAUUUCAGCUUUCCAUCAUGCUCUUGAUGCUUACCGUGUCCCUGCUAUCUUACGACGUGCACAUAAUAACAUUACUGUUGCAACCUUUGCCGAUCAUUGGGGAUAUAAAAAGGAAGCUUUCCAAGGUAUCCCUGAAGCCCCCAAGAUUUUGUAUGAGGCUGGAAUUCCCGUCGCUUUAAAAAGUGAUCAUCCUGUUCUUAACUCUCAACACUUGAUUUUUGAAGCUGCCAAGACAACUCAUUAUGGUUUACCUCCCCAAGAGGCCUUUAAAGCUGUCACUUCUACUCCUGCCAACGCUAUUGGAUUAGGUCAUCGUAUCGGUUCCCUUAGAGUUGGUUACGAUGCUGAUCUUGUUAUUUGGGAUCGUGAGCCUCUUGAGCUUGGUGCCACUCCUUUACAAGUAUUUGUUGACGGUGUGCCAUUAUUUGAUGAGACUGUUAUUAAACCUACCGUUGAAAAGAAAGUGUCUUCUAAUGUAGCAGUUAAAAAUGUCCCCAAGAAGCUUGAGGGUGCAAAGAGCUUUAUUUUGAAAAAUGCCGGCUAUUCUUUCUUGGGUAAGAAGCCUACUGAGGGACCUAUUCAGGUAGUUGUUGAAGAUGGCGCUAUUGUUUGUUCCGCUGCUGACUGUUCAAGCUCUUUUGCUUCGAUCCAAAGCACUGUUCCUGAGUUUGAUCUUCAAGGUGGUUACGUUCUUCCCGGUCUUGUGGCUGUGGGGUCACACUUAGGUCUUAGCGUAAUUGAAGCAGAAUCAACAACCGGCGACGGUGUUGUAGCUGCAUCUUCUUCGCAUGAUCCCAAAUCAAUUGUCGAAGCUAUCGAUGGGUUAAAGUUUGGCGGAAGAAAGUUAGAGGAGGCAUAUAAGGGAGGAAUUUUAACGACUAUUACUGCACCAAUGUCGGAUAAUGUUGUUAUUGGUGUCAGUGCAGCAUUUAGAACAUCUGCUGAAUCUGUUCUUCAGGAAGGUGCUCUGAUUUCUCCUGCCACCGCUCUUCAUGUUCAAAUUGGCGACUCUGUCAAAUCCAGCCAAUUCCCAACUGUCUCAUCCCAAAUUUCUUUCCUUCGUCAAAUCUUCAGUGAUAACUUGAAGGCAGAUAAUCGAUAUGGUCAAGCUGCUAGAGGAGAGAUUCCUCUUAUUGUCUCUGUAAAUAACAAGGAUGAAAUCGCUACGUUAAUCCGUUUGAAAGAGAGCACUUUCCCCGAUGCUCGUUUAGCUAUCUUGGGAGGUAUUGAAGCUUAUUUGUUGGCAGCACAAUUAGCCAAGGCCAAUAUUGCUGUAAUUCUUAAUCCUGGUUUGUGCACACCCGCAAAUUUCGAUUCUAUCCAUUGUUUAACUGGUGCCCCACUUACCAACGGAACUGCAGCUCACGUUUUGAACUACCACGGUGUUAAGCUUGGUGUUGCAGUUGCAGAUGACGGAUUAGCACGUAAUUUAGCUUGGGAUUCCGUUUGGUUUGCUGCUACUUCCCCCUCUCAAGAUAUGGAGAUUAGCGAAUUUGAUGCUAUCAAAUUUGUCACUACCAACCUCCAGGAAAUCUUUGGUUUAAAGACAGGAAAUGAUGUGACUCAAACUUCUGAAGAGAAGGAAGAGUUUGUAGUUUGGUCCGGAAGUCCUUUGGAUGUACAAAGCCGCAUUUUGUUUAUUCAUACUAAGAAUAGCGGUAUUCAUUAUCCCGUAUAAAUAUUACCUCCCCU